AUGAAGUUGCUGUUAUUUUGCCUGACUUGUGUGUAUGCCGUUGAAAGGCAUGCUGGCAGGCAUCCACUAAUCAUUGUGCCUGGGCUGACGGGCAGUCCUCUCGAGGUUGAAGAGAAUGACGCGGCCAUGCCGCACUCCUGGUGCAAGCGUACGACAUCAGGUGAAUGGAUGCAAGUUUGGGUGAGCCCAGUGCAAGCGCUGCCUCUUGAAAUUGAUUGCCUGACUGCUCGCCUUAGCCUGACGUACGAUGCGAAGACUGACGAGUAUUCGAAUUUGCCAGGAGUUCGAUUGCGACCGCUUGGUUGGCGGAACGGCACAGCUUCCGGGAAGUCGCACAAGGACUUGUUGUUCAGCUACCAAUUCGACAAGAUAUUGAACCGAUUGCAUGAGGAGCUUGGGUAUGCGCUGGGAGAGAAUGUUUUCGUCGCCCCGUAUGAUUGGCGUUUGGCUGGUGAUUCGCAUGCGAAACCAACCAACGGUGUGGGUGGGUUCUACGAAGAGCUGAAGAAGUUGAUUGAAGAUGCGGUCCAGGCUAGUGGUGAACGAGCGGUGGUGUUGUCGCAUUCCUUGGGAUGUCCCACCAUGCUGUACUUCUUCCACAAAUACGUUACUGAAGAUUGGCGCGCCGAUCACAUCCAUGGCUGGGUUGCUCUCUCAGGACCGUGGAUGGGUGGAAUUGUGCAGGUCAGCGCUUACCUUGGUGGUUGGAACCUGGGUUUGCCCAGCUGGCUGGUUCCUCAUGAUUAUGUGAAGCGAGUCCAAGUCAACGCGAGUAGCGGAGUCAUGAUUGCUCCACAUCCCAAAGCUUACGGUGACAAGACCUUAGUAGUGACGCCAUCCCGCAACUACACUGCAUCAGACGUCCCGGAGAUGUUACGCCAAAUUGGCCCCCAAGCUGGCGGUAAUCAAACGGCAUCAUUGUUUCCGAAGUUGCAGGGUCCUUGGGUGGAACUACAGCAUCCACCCAAAAAUGUUCCAAUGCAGAAUUGGUAUUCCACCGGUAUCAAGACGGCGGAGGUGUUUGAGUUUGACAGUGACAUCGUGGAGGGGUUCAACAAAGCAGCUGAUAGAACAGUUUUCGGCGAAGGUGAUGGCUUGGUGAAUUUGUUGUCUUUGCAGCAGGUGGAGAAUGUGUGGCCACAAUCAUCUUCAGUCACUACGCGCACCUUCCCGAAUUGCUCGCACUUUGGGAUCCUUUCCGAUGCUCGAGUUCUGACGGCCCUUGUAGAUUACCUCAAGCCCAUUAGGGAUGCAGAGGUAUUUAUUUGA